GGAGGGUCAAUGUCACUCAGGAGGCUUUGGAUGAACUCAGAGUGCCUGCAGCCAUGGAACCUCCCCAUCCUACGAUUACGCAGAAGGCUGAGACCAAAAGUAGCGUACAGCUGCCUGAAUGAUAGUCAGAAGGAGGGAGGUCCUGCCAGGAUCUUCAGCGUGGCACUGGUUGUGGGGUCCCCUCUGUCUCCUGCACUCGAUCCAGGCUGAUAGACGGAGCUGUGGCUAGAUAGAAGACAGGGCAUGGAGGUGCCGCUUGUUAAUUUUGAGAACAUGGAUGAUGUCGGCAUUAACCUGGGAGACCCGAAUGACUCAGGGUAUCCGACUUCACCCACAUCCGAGGCUCCCGAUCAGAACCUUCUGCCCCGUCGUUUGAGUUCUCCUCAUCAGUCGCCGCGCAGAGGACGACGUAGACAUCAGUCCGGCCAAGAAGGGCUGUCCCCGUCCACUCCUCCGACCCUGACCACUAAAGCAAACUCCAGCAGCUGCAGUUUAAUCUCUAAUCUGAAGCUCCUGGUUAACAGUGAGUCUCCCACUGACAGUGUCUUCAGUAAAAUGGCGAAGGAUUGUUACGAAAAUGAAGAUUUGUUUGAAAAGCACUUCCUGGAACAAAAAGACGAGAAGGUUGUCAUCAAUAUUUCAGGACUGAUGUUUGAAACCCAGCUCAGUACCUUGAACAAGUUUCCAGAGACGCUCCUCGGUGACCCCAUGAAGAGGAUUAGCUACUUUGACCCGAUGAAAAACGAGUACUUUUUUGACAGGAACCGCCCGUCUUUUGAUGGUAUUCUGUACUACUAUCAGUCAGGAGGGAGGAUCCGCAGACCGGCCAACGUUCCCUUAGAUGUUUUUGCAAAUGAAAUUGUUUUCUACGAAUUGGGUCAUGAAGCGAUGGAGCAGUUCCGCGAAGACGAAGGGUUUGUCAAAGAGCCAGAGGUUCUUCUGCCCACAAAUGAACUCCAACGACAAUUCUGGCUCCUUUUUGAAUACCCAGAAAGCUCCAGUGCCGCCAAAUCUGUCGCAUUGGUUUCUGUCUUAGUCAUCGUCAUUUCCAUCUUCAUCUUCUGCUUAGAGACUCUGCCAGAGUUCAGGGAGGACACUGACUACAUCCCAGGUUUAACGGAAAUCAUCAACGGGACCCAAAGCGGUCCUCGUCCUCCUGUUAAAGACGUGAUGGCGUACCUCACAGACCCGUUUUUCAUUGUGGAGACUAUUUGCAUCAUUUGGUUCUGCUUUGAAGCCGGUGUCCGUUUCAUAGUGUGCCCAAGCAAGAGUGAUUUCUUCAAUAACAUCAUGAAUAUCAUUGACAUAGUCUCUAUCAUUCCCUACUUUGUAACCCUGGGGACAGAGCUGGCCACGACCCCUGACGAUGAUAUGAACUCUAGUCAGAACAUGUCUCUCGCAAUCCUAAGAAUCAUCCGCCUGGUGAGAGUUUUCAGAAUCUUUAAGCUCUCCCGACACUCGAAAGGACUUCAGAUCUUGGGACAGACCUUGAAAGCCAGCAUGAGGGAACUUGGGCUGCUCAUCUUCUUCCUUUUUAUAGGAGUCAUCCUUUUCUCAAGUGCCAUCUACUUUGCAGAAGUGGAUGAGCCCCAGACGCAGUUUGUCAGCAUCCCUGACGGCUUCUGGUGGGCUGUGGUGACAAUGACCACUGUGGGCUACGGAGACAUGUGCCCCAUCACCAUGGGAGGCAAAAUGGUCGGCACUCUCUGUGCCAUUGCUGGUGUCCUGACCAUUGCCUUGCCUGUCCCUGUCAUUGUCUCCAACUUUAACUAUUUUUACCACAGAGAAACUGAGCAGGAUCAGAAGCAGAUUAUGGAUGCAGCAGCCGAGGCUGCACAGAAAACAUCAGCUGCAAACAAGUAUGGAAGCACACCAUCGCUAAAUAAGAGUAAUGGCACCUGGCAGAAUGAGAAAAACGGCAUGCAUUGAUAGAAAACCUUAAGUAUGUAUUUAUUACAAAUGCAUGGUAAACAUGGACAAGUUACACAUAUCCAGAGGUUAGAAGCACUGGGUGAUAUCAGUCUUCCUUUCUCACUUUUUUUACUCCAAACAGGGCAGCAUUGUUACAGUAUUAAUAGGCACAGUGUGGUGAGAGAGCCUUUAAACCAGUUGUUGGUCUACUUGUGGAUGUGUCAAAGUGCAAUUAACACAACUCAACUACUACUUGUUUAGUAAACUUUCAUGUCAAGAAGUGGAAGGUAUAUUUUCUUUCAUCCAGUGCAAUUUGAGAAAAAUGUGAUACAUAUUUUUACUGUUGACAUUUCACCAAGAAAAUUAAUUAGUAGAGUUACUAUAAAAGUGAAAUA